UCUAGGGGAGGAGGUGGAGCAGUGUAAUGCCUUUUUGUCAAGGAUUGCAGUUACCACAAAACACAUGUCCAAAGCAGGACGGAGGGACAUGCUAACUCUUAUGGUCAUGCGCUGGAAUCAACAAAAGCUAGACCAGUUGGCCACCUCUCUGACCCAUCGAUAUCAGAAGGCCACAAAAGCUCUUCUAACCCAGCUUCAGAACCUGGAGUCCUUAAAAGUCCAAUUAGCAAUGACUGACAGUCAACUGGAUGAAUGGGUCAGUGAUGUAAAGGAUUGGGCAGAAGACUCUGUCAGCCUUACAACAAAGAGAAGGGCAUUCGAUAUCAUCAUGGCAAUAAGAAGACUCGAGGAGGAAAAGAAGAUUCUUGUUAGAGAGAUGGACCAUCACUGGAAAUCUCUUUCAAAAUAUGAUGAUACCCUGAAAGAGCUGUCCGGCCUGUUGUCCAGUGAGAUAUUUAAAAGUUCGCAUUGUGGCCUAAGUGAGGAGGGUUUGAGAGGUCUACAGAGCAUCAUCCUCAGAAAACGACAUAAUGUGAAACAAAACAAGCUGCACGCAAGACAGUGUUACAUGCAAGUUUUGUCAGGAGCAAAGAACAUUAACCUUGAUCAUACUUCCGACGAUGACUUUUACAGUGACUCUGUAAUAUAUCAGUUUGUCCUCAAAGUUAUAUCAACUUCCUACCUAGCAGGUUUACUGCUGGGGGCCCAAAUUUUUUCAUGUCUGCCAUAGACCAGUCAUUGACAGUGCAUUCCCAAGACUUCAUCACAUCAAUGCAUAUAGUUUUUUACAAAGACAGCUGGCACAUUUUUUUUUAAUGUCAUUCGUAGAGCUAAAAACAACCCUGUUACACUGUUUUUAAACAUGCAUUUUGGUAAUACAGAACAGUAGACUGGUAUGUAUCAGAGGGAGAUUUUGUACUUUUUACAUUUUUGUCAUGUUAAGUUACUGUAAUAUAUUUUUGGCUCACAGGAUUUACAAGAGAUAUUGAAAUGUGAUUGAUAGAACUUUGUAAGUAAAUUUCAAGUAUGCUUGUCACAGGUGAUAUUUUUCAUUCUUGAGUAUUUUGAUGUACAUGUUAAGUAUAUUUUCAUGGUAUGUAUCAUUAGUAUCAACAGUAUCAAUAAUGUUGGAGUGCAUUACUAGUACUUGUGCUUAUUUUUAAAAUAAUCAUACUACAGUACAGUAGGCAGUUGGCCACUGUCACAACAACCCUGAUCCACAAAUUAACUUUUGGAUAUAUAACUUUUUUUGUUUAGUUCCAGUUGUACAGCGAUGUGCUCAACCAUAUUUUUUUCAAAUUUACUCUCUUAAUUGAUCCAGUGGUUACUAAGCCUACAGUGUGUUGGGGUGGACCAACAUCAUUGUCAUUUUAUCCCCACCGAAUUUCAUGAAAUUGUCUGUAUUACUGAAGUUUAUUUGUUUUUAGAUUACCAAUGACCACAAUCAAAUAAAGCUGAAAAAUAACUGUCAGUUUGAUGUUUUCAUGCAGUUUCAAUGGAUCAUUUUGUCACCACAGUUAAAAUUUA